CUGUUUUGCAUGAUUGGCUCAUAACAUUAGGGUCUUAUUAUUUGAUUUUCGCUUUAUUUUUUUUUGCAAUUUAAUUAAGUUAUUUUUAUACAUAAAAAUAGGUGUUUUGUAUUUCUAAGUUUUUAUAUCCCAAAGUUUGAAGCACUGAUUGAAUAUUUUUACAAGGAUUUGCUUGAUAAGCGAGACAUUGCCAUUAUUAUUGAGUUGAACUUGACUCAUCGACUUCUCUAAAGUUGGUGUAGGUAUACACAUGUUUUUAUAUAGUCAUCAUGAGGUAAUAUUUACACGUGCUGAAAUAUGAAUGGAAUACACUGAACUGGUGAAGAUGACUGCGUCAAUGAGAGGUCAAUAUCAAAGGUUAUGGCUUGACUCUGGAUAUUAUGAAACAUUGCUUCCCAAUUCACCUUGGCAUAAGAUUAAAGAAUCUGUUAACUCACUGCUUGCUCAAGAAGUAAAACAGUUGACCAGUCAUACAGAGCUUACAUCUAGCAUCCUAAAGCUUUUAGGGCAGCCAUUUAUUGAUGAAUACCUUCUAAAUGAACCAAGUUAUGCUGCUAACUCAAUACCAAAACCAGCUGCAGAUGAAAAAGAUAUACAACGGGAAGCAAAUGACUGGUUAAAGGAUAAGCUACAAAAGAUUAUUAAGGAAUUAAGGCUGAAAAAUCCUGAUUAUCCAGAUGAUGAGGAUGAAGGGCUCUCACAAGAUUGUUUGGAGUACAUUGGAUUUGGACAACAAGUUAUGUAUCAAGGGAUGGAGAGAGAUUUGUCUGCAGCAGAAAAGAAUCGUGAUGUGAAUGACCAGUGCUUUGCAGAUAAUUCAUUGAUAUCAGGACAUCAAAGUGAGGCUCUGGGGGCUUCAGUGUCCUGUAUUCUAAGAAAUCACCCUUCUUGUUUGAAAAGAGUGUCACUUCAACUGAAGGGUAGACAGUUACCUAACACCUUGCGGCAGCUCAUAUGGAGAAUAAAUAUGUUUAAAGCUGAUACAUCAAUGAAUAAUUAUGACUCGCACAUCAAUGAGCUGAGAAAUCAAUUCAUGACGGCAGUAAAAUGGGGAGCAAAAGAACUAGAAAUUGAUCAUCCUACCUGUUCUUCUAUCGAUGGUAUCAUAAGGCAUGCCGUUACAGAGAUCUACAGCUUGAUACCCUGUAUACAGGAUGGCAACAUGAGAAGAAUUUGCUUUACGAUGGCAACGCAAGCAUUAAACAUUUUGUAUGUUCAUGGUAGAAGCUAUGAACCUCAUUAUGCUCUGUUAUUAUUGCCGUUAGUAUGGACAUACUCUGGUUAUGCUUCCAAACAAGAUUUUUACAGCCAAAAUCUUGCAGAAUGUCUAUACUUUUUGCUCAAAAAUUGUUUUCCAUCGAGAGUGGAUAUAUUCACAAUAGCUGACCAUGUCAUUGGCAGACUUCAACAAGGAGACCCCCAGCUGUUUGACCACUUGACCACCAGCAUGCAGAGGAACAUUGCCUUUGACCCUAGAGAAUUCUUGGUCAACUUCAUGCACAAGGAGAGAAAAAGAGCUAUCGAAAUGGAACAGAGUUUAUCACAAGAUAAUAUGUAUUCAUCAGAAAAUGAGGAGAAUUUGGAUGAUGCUAAGUCUUUGCUUUCGCAUCCAAUCAUAUUUAUCAGGAAAUGGGUUGGGGAGGGUUUUGUUGGUGUUCUUGACCUUCCAGCCAUACUUUUUGUAUGGGACCAAUGUUUUCUUAGUAACUGGCAGCCAGCUAUUCUAGAGAAUGUUUGCCUGGUCCUUCUGCAGCUGUUGAGACCCAAGCUAAUGUUAGCAACAGAUUACCAUGGCAUAAAGACAGUAUUACUUAGUCAUCCCCAUAGCCUCUAUACAUGUGAUAUUCAAAGAGGGGUCGUGUAUCUUAGUAAUGGUGGUGCGCUGCAGGAUGUUGGCAGUUUGAGACAACCUAGUCAAGCAGAGAUAGAGAUGAGCAGCCUGCAAAGCACACCACACAAUAACCAGACACCAAGAGUAAAGAGUACAAAAAGCACAAGAUCUAAAUCUAGGAGCACCACUCUAACCACUAAUAACCAACCUGAUCUAGGAGAACUGUGGAUAGAGAAGAGAGUUUCUGAUACUCCUUCAGCUAGGAUCAGUAAUGCUGAAUCCUUUGAUCUGUACAUUGAUGAAGUUAGAUUCAUUCCUGACAAUGCUACUGUUGUCAAGGUGACUGGAAGAAUCCUCAGUCCUUUCUGGAAAAAGCCAAGAUCUCUUGAUGUCUCUGAUAUAGAUGCAUAUGCUAAGCUAGAUUCUCCAGCGCGAUGUCCUCAGUUUCAUUACCGUUAUUCAGUAUCUGCUCCCAGAAGUGGUAUUCCUGUUGACAGUGUAGUCUUGCUUAGAGUCUAUACUGUGGAUGUUGAUACUGCAGAGUUGGUGGUCAUUGGAAAUUGUGCUGUAAAUCUUUAUAAGCAAGAGUAUGAUAAGCACUUUUUGAAUGUUGGUGGCAAACAGUUGAGGUUAAAGCAUCAGUUACCUUCAUCUGUAUCAAGACUUGACGAGAGUCUUUUUAUUGAUCCAGUGUGCUUACCUGUUGUUACACUUCUAGUUAGAAUACUACCACAUUCUGAGGAUUUUGUGGAAGCUCCUGGAUAUUCUAGUGGAUAUUAUGACAGCUCAGCCUUCAGACCUGAUGGAUCGGAGAAGAGAAUCUACAAUCACUACAGAGUGUUUGAUCCCUAUCCACCUACUGUUAGAGAGGCCAUAAGAGAUGUCAAAGAAGAAGAAGACCAGAUUAACAUUGAAGGAGACAUUUCAAACCAGGAAAUGGAAAAAUGGUAUAGAAAAAGAAUGAGAAAAGAACAGCUGGACAGGAAGCCAGCCAGGUCAUUGGAACUGAUGCAACUUGUACAGUAUGAUCAGAAUCAGGGUUUGUGUUUUUCAGUAGAUCAGGCCUUUGGUCUUCCAACUGCUUCUUUUGUCAACGUCUUGACAUUUGUCAGCGAGGRACCUACUGCACGAAUAAAAGGCAAAACUACAGAAGGUUUUGGUGGAGAAGAAAGCUCUCUGACAAACAAGAGAGACUUUGAGAGUCUUCAGAAGUCACCCAAGUGGGUAGAUGAUCUCAAGACAAUCCAUCCUCAUCUGGACCCUUUGUCUAGCCUCAUCAUACAGUUGUAUUCUCUUGAUGCAUCAUAUGAACCAAGAGCUGAUAGACAAGGACCUGGUUCUGUUCUUGAAAAGAAAGGAAAGAUGCUGUCCCUUGUGUCACAGGGAUGGWCGGUCUUACAGCUAUUCAAUAAAAAAUAUGUGAAUGGAGGACUGCAUCAUCUUCCUCUGUUUGAAGGCCAACCCUCAUCAACUUUCAUGGAAUUCCUGUCUUCUCAUCCUGGUGAUGUCAGUUUGCAUCAAGCUGUUCUACAAGGUGUUCAUCAAUUACAGGGUACGUCAAGUAUUAUGGUUCGUAUCUGCGAUGGACAUUAUUUACAAGAUAGCUGUAUACCACUACCUGUCAAAGAAUCUCUUCUUAGCAUUGGGAACCAAUCUAAGAUAAAAAAGACUUCACAAGGGAAGUCUGGUAAACCUAUAGCAGACCUAGUGUUACAGAGCCUCACAAAACAGGAACGUAAAGGGGGCAUGAAUGGACAGCCCUUCGUCAGAGAAAAAGACCAUUUCCAGGAAGCAAUGAAUAUUGUUUUUACUAACUUGAUGGAGAAUGUUUUACUAGGACUGGGUCUGGGACCAAUGUAAAUAGUGAAUGGUGUAGCAGUCAUUUGACAUGACUGUCGCGGCAUGCCGUCCCCUUGUUGGUGAUGUGUCCAAACAUUCUGUCCAUCUACAACUUUCCAAAACAAAUUGGACAAGGUUUAGUUGCACAUGCUGCAUGGAAUUUGCUACAUGUUGUAUGUUGCUGACUAAGUUAAAAUGUAUUAUAUUAAUAAAUAAAGUAUAUAAUGUGAGCACGGAAGAAAAUACAGUAUAUUAAAUGUGCAAAGUUUGGUAAAAUUUCAUGUUGUUGUGACCUUUUGCUGAUUGGAUUCAUUUCAGUGUUGGUAUGCAAUAUGCAAAAACUUCUCCAUCCUUGAUUGAAGUUGCUUCAUAUCUUGAGGAGAUUCUUAGUUUCAAGGAAAAUAAUAUUUCGUAGUUUUCCUUUACAUGUACAAACGUAGUUAAGUCAUGUGAACUGAUUGCUUUGUAAAUAAGCUUGAAAUGAAGCACCAUCUCCUAGUGUUGCCAUCUGUAAAAUAGAAAAGGAAAAACAUGAAGAAAAUAUAAAAUAGUGGUGUGGGGUAUUUUCGAGAAUGUGAAGUGAAAUUUUCUACCUUGUUGAUCAUUUUAUGUCUUUCUUGGCUCACAAUUUCUUCAAUGACUUCACCAUCRCCUUUUAUAAGCCUGAAAAUAAAUUAAACUCUUAAAAAUA